CUCUCUCUCUCUCUAUUCAACUUUUAUCAGUUACUUUACUCCGUUCAUCUUUUUUUUCUUUUCUCUCUUCUAUUCUCAUCAUCAAUACAAAACUCGACAGAUAUAUAUACUAUUGUGCAGAGGUUACAUGCAUUGUAUAUUUUUAUUUCCCGAGACACAAACGGAUCAGAGCCCAUUUCAGAUUCGGUUUCCUGCUUCUUUGAUUCCUCUUUAUUAAUCACCCAACAUCGUUUCUUCUUCUUCUUCUUCUUCUCCUCUCCAUCCCUUUCUCUUUCUGCUCUUGUUCAUCGGAGCAAAAACUAAAAUCAAAGCUUGAAGCUUUUUUACUCUGUGGGGAUUAAAGAGAUGGCUAUUCAAGCGCAGUUGAACUACAACGCUACGAACGCUAACCAAACCGGGUUUGGUGCUUCUGAGUUUUCUUUGAUCAACAACAAUGGCGGAAUCGGAAUCCGGAACGGAAACGAUUUGUCUUAUCUCAAUAUUCUCCAGUCGCAGAAAGAUUUCAACCAGCAAGCUCUGUUUCAUCAUCAGCAUCAGCCGCAACAGCCUCGUUCUCAGAACCUUUUAGCCGCUCAUAUGGAGAAACAGAGACAAGAGAUCGAUCAGUUCAUCAGGAUACAGAACGAGAGGCUGAGAUAUGUGAUGCAAGAACAGAGGAAGCAAGAGAUGGAGAUGAUCUUAAGGAAAAUGGAAAGCAAAGCUUUGGUUUUGAUGAGUCAGAAGGAAGAGGAAAUGUCGAAAGCAUUGAGCAAGAACAUGGAACUCGAAGAUCUGUUGAGGAAGAUGGAAAUGGAGAAUCAGACGUGGCAGAGAAUGGCUCGUGAGAACGAGGCAGUGGUGCAAACGCUCAACUCAACGCUCGAACAGGUUCGUGAGAGAGCCGCAGCGUGUUUCGACGCCGAUGCAGCGGUGGAGGCGGAGGACGAAGGGUCUUUCUGCGGCGGAGAAGGCGGCGGAGAUAGUUUCCCGGCGAAGAAGAUGAUGACGAGUGGGUGUUGCUGCAAUUGUGGGUCUAACGGAGUGACGAGAGUUCUGUUUCUGCCGUGUAGGCAUCUCUGUUGCUGCACAGAUUGCGAGGAAGGGCUUGCUCGUUGUCCGAUCUGUAACACCCCCAAGAAAAACAGAAUCGAAGCCUUUGUUCUCUAGGAUUCUCUUUUGAAAUUUUCCCGAGAAAAUUUGGUAAAAAAAACGUAGAAGAAAGUGCCUAGUUUUGUAUUCCGGUGAACGGAGAGUUUUUUACUCCGGGUAGAUGACGUGGCAGGGUAAUAUUUUUUGGUAUUUUCCGGGAAAAUUUAGGGGGUCAAAAGGAAAAAGUAAGAUUAGGCAAUUUAGAAUAGGAAAAAAAGUUAUCAAGAAAGUAAAUUCUAAUUAGGUUUUUUUUUCUUUGGUCUUUUUUUUCUUUUCCAUCAAUGGGAAAAAAAGAACCCAGCUGGAUUUAUGAACAUAAUCCAUAUUUUCCUUAUCUCUAAUGAAUUUUUUGGAUAUAAGUUUGACUUUUA